CCGUGAUAGGACGGGACGGCUCAGCAUGGGACAGGACGGUCUUGGACGAGACCCGCCGCGGCCGAGGCCGGCGCGCCGACUCUAGUAUAUAAGCGGCGAGCGCGCCGCUCGGGCCAGGCACAGUUCAUUCCGCAGCCGCAGACAUGAAGGUCCUGGUUAUCCUGAGCGCCGUCGUUGCCGUGUCGGUGGCCACCCCCGGCUACCUGGGUCUGGGUGUGCCGGCAGCCAUCCCGGUGCCGGCCGACGCCCCCGACGUGGCGGCCGUGAAGGCGGCGCACCUGGCGACGCAGGCGGCGGAGGCGGCGCGCAACACGCUGGGCAUCCCCGUGCCGUCCAUCGUGCCCGCCGACGCCCCCGACGUGGCAGUCGUCAAGGCGGCGCACCUCAACAUCCAGGCCGCCGAGGCCGUGCGCAACACCCUGGGCGUGCCCGUGGUGCCCGCCGCCGCCCCCGUCGUCGCCGCCCCCUACGCCUACGCCGCCGCCGCCCCCUACGGCCUGGCCGCCCACCUGCACGCCAAGGCCGCUCUCCUCGGCUAAACCUGACUGCUCUUCCUUCACCCAAUCUGUCGAUACCUUCCCCGCUGUACAAAAGUAAAUUAUGUACAAAUUAAUUUUUGCAAAUAAAAUUGUCUGCAAAAAUUA